AUGGCUUCAAUACGGUGCUUGCACCACUGGACCGUUAAAUGUGGUGGUAGUAUUGAAGUUUCUACUGCUACAAAUUCGAAAAGCACCAUAUCCCAAAUUCAGCAACCAAUCUCCAGAAGAUGUGUGAUUCUGAUAUCUUCAUCUGUAUUGUUGCCGUGGAGCCUUAUCUCAUUGCCUUCUCCAGUUGUUCCACCAUCUGAGGCCAGAGAGAGACGCAACAAGAAGACCAUCCCUCUUGAAGAUUACCUUACUAGCCCUAAUGGAUUGAAAUACUACGAUGUGGUUGAGGGAAAGGGUCCAGUAGCUGAGAAAGGAUCAACUGUUCAGGUUCACUUUGAGUGCGUGUACCGUAGGAUCACAGCAAUCUCAAGUAGAGAAUCCAAGCUCUUAGCUGGAAACCGUAUCAUUGCCCAGCCCUACGAGUUCAAAGUUGGAGAUCUGCCGGGCAAAGAACGGAAGCGAGAGUUUGUCGAUAAUCCAAACGGUCUCUUUUCUGCACAGGCCGCACCAAAACCCCCGCCAGCCUUGUACUCCAUUACUGAGGGCAUGAAAGUUGGAGGGAAGAGAACUGUGAUUGUUCCUCCGGAGGUCGGGUAUGGCAAAAAGGGAAGUAACGAGAUCCCGCCUGGAGCGACAUUUGAGUUAAAUAUCGAGCUUCUACAAGUGAAUUCCCCAUAAGGAAAGUGACCUUGGUUUUGCUCAUGAGAAAUGUGUGGCAUCCGAGUUCGCAUGGAUACCUUUUCCCUUCGAUUUUCCUUUCAAUUAGAGUUGCUAUAUAAUUGAAUUAUUUUUUUGUAUCAAGAGAAUUUACUGUAGAUACCUACCUCAUGGUAGUGCCAAUUGGAAUAGCAACAAGUUGUUAAAGAUGAGAAUUAGAGUAGCUAACUGCUACUAAGUGCCCCCGCUCA